AUGGAGACUGUACUGAAGUAUAGAGUGAUUUCGCUGCUGAUUGUGUGUCUUGUGCCAGCUUCUACUUCUUGGACCUGGAACAGCGUCUUCCUGUCAGGAACUAAGGCAGGAAUGCCCUUAGCAGAGAGCAUCGCGACCGGAGCUCAGACGGGCAUGAGGGAGUGCGAAAGGCAGUUCACGUGGGACCGCUGGAACUGCCCGCCUCAGGCCUUCACGAAGCUGCAUGAAGGAGAACCUGCCACACGGGAGCGGUCCUUCAUGCACGCCAUCACAGCCGCCGGCGUCGUGUUCACCAUCACCAAGAACUGCUCGCGGGGUGAGCUGGAGGGCUGCUCGUGUUCGGGCGGCCAAGACGGGAAGCAGAGGGACUGGAAGUGGGACGGCUGCUCAGAGAACGUCGAGUUCGGCUCCAGAAUCACCAAGCAGUUCCUGGACGCGCUCGAGACUGGCCAGGACGCGAAGGCGCUCGUAAACCUCCACAACAACCUGGCUGGCAGAACGGCCGUCAAGAGAGCCAUGCGGCGUGUGUGCAAAUGCCACGGGAUGUCGGGGUCCUGUGCCACGCAGACGUGCUGGCUGCAGCUCGAGAACUUCGCCAUCAUCGGCAAUGCCCUGAAGAAGGAGUACCGCCGCGCCACCCGACUGCGUGACACCGAUGCGCUGGAGGCCGCUUCGAACUCAGUGGUGCAGUUGCCUCGAGAAGACGGCGAGGAAAACUCUAUUCCGAAUGUGGACCCCCGGCGCCUCGUCUAUCUGGAUCCUUCGCCUAACUUCUGCCUUGCAAAUAAAACUGCGGGGUGGCUGGGCACGGUGGGGCGCGAGUGCUCAAGGGCUCGAGGAAAGGACGUGGCGAAGGAACAGAGGUCAUCCUGCCGCAAGUUGUGCCGGGAGUGCGGGCUGCAGGUGGCACGCAGGAUCGUCACAGUCAAGUCGUCCUGCAACUGCCGCUUCAAGUGGUGCUGCAGCGUCGAGUGCGAUACCUGCGUCAAGAAGGUCGCGAGGUUUACCUGCGUUAAGCCACUAAUGCAGCGCACAAAUCGUUAUUAA